AGCCGCCGAGAAACCCACCGCUCCUCGCCUCCUCUCCAAAUCCCCCCAUCGACUCGGCUCCUCCGCAGAAGAAACAGUGAUGGCAAGCGCUUCUCUGAGCACAAGAGCUUUGUUCAAGUGUGGACCGAAGGCGUUCAGGAACAGCCACCGGCAUGGUUGCCUGAAAUCCGUAGUGUCUUUUCCCGUUUCUCAGGCAUCAGAUAGUCUUUAUUCUCCCAUCAGAGUGGUGAAUCGUGCGUACGGUUCGGACCUGAUCGUCACGGCUUUGAAGAGCAGAGGCCUGAACACAGCACUCUCUUCGACCAAUGGCAGCCUGAAGGUUCCUGAAGAGAGGGUGACUGUACUGGUCAUUGGUGGAGGAGGAAGGGAACAUGCUCUAUGUUAUGCCUUGGAACGCGCUCCAUCCUGUGAUGCAGUUUUUUGUGCUCCUGGUAAUUCUGGCAUUGCUCAAUCCGGAGAUGCCACAUGUAUACCAGACCUGGACAUAACUAGUAGCGAAGCUGUCAUCUCAUUCUGUCACAAUUGGGGUGUCGGAUUAGUCGUAGUUGGACCUGAAGCACCUCUCGUUGCUGGUCUUGCAAAUGACCUUGUUAAAGCUGGAAUACCUACUUUUGGACCUUCAUCAGAAGCUGCAGCAUUGGAAGGAUCAAAGGACUUCAUGAAAAAGCUGUGUGAUAAGUACGACAUUCCCACAGCAAAGUAUCGAACAUUCACAAACCCUGCUGAUGCUAAACAAUACGUAAAGGAUCAAGGAGCCCCUAUAGUUGUCAAAGCUGAUGGAUUGGCUGCUGGGAAAGGUGUAGUUGUUGCUAUGACUUUAGAUGAGGCGUUUGAAGCCAUAGACACUAUGCUGGUUGAAGGCUCUUUUGGUUCUGCUGGAUCACACGUUAUCGUUGAAGAGUUUUUAGAGGGAGAAGAAGCUUCUUUCUUUGCAUUAGUAGAUGGAGAAACUGCUUUGCCUCUCGAAUCUGCCCAGGACCACAAAAGAGUUGGUGAUGGUGAUGUUGGUCCAAAUACUGGUGGUAUGGGUGCAUACUCGCCAGCACCUAUAGUGACAGAAGAACUGAAGAAGAAAGUAAUGGAAAGUAUAAUUCUCCCAACUGUUAAAGGUAUGGCGGCAGAAGGAUGUAAAUUUGUUGGUGUGUUAUAUGCUGGGCUUAUGAUUGACAAGAAGUCUGGACUUCCUAAGCUUAUUGAAUAUAAUGUACGAUUUGGAGAUCCAGAAUGUCAGGUUCUGAUGAUGAGGUUAGAGUCCGACUUGGCACAGGUUCUCCUUGCUGCAUGCCAGGGAGAACUAGGCAAGGUUUCACUAACCUGGUCGCCUGAGUUGGCAACAGUGGUCGUGAUGGCAAGUGAAGGGUACCCAGGGGUUUACAAGGAAGGGACUGUAAUAAAAAAUCUUGACGAAGCUGAGCAGGUUUCUCCUGCAGUAAAGAUAUUCCAUGCAGGAACUGCCUUUGAUACAGAUGGAAACUUUGUAGCGGCUGGAGGACGCGUGCUUGGGGUCACUGCAAAGGGCAAGGACAUCGAGGAAGCAAGGGCCAAAGCUUAUGAUGCGCUCGACGUUGUUGACUGGCCAGAAGGAUUCUACAGGCAUGACAUUGGUUGGAGGGCUCUGAAACAUCGGCAUAUGUUUGCACACUGAUAAGAAGAGUCCCCUGAUCUCUGUAAUUAUGUCAAAUUUGCGAUGGUGAGGCAAAAAUAAGACGAAAUUGCAGCAAUAGCUGCUGUUGUGGGUGCAUGACGAUGGAGUAUGAAAGUAUAUGUUGGAGUGAAAAGUGAAAGAGAAUGACAAGUGACAAGAGUGUAAGAGUUCUCAAGUAAUUCUCAUUUUUGGGAUUGUUUACAUAUAUAUAUACAAGCCCAAAGGGCAUGAUGUCCCUUGGAGUUGGCC